ACGUAUCUUCUAAGACCGCGACAACAAUAUUAACCCUACGAUUCAGAUAUGAAGAUUUGAUUCUCGUGCUCGUUAGAAUUUGUAACUUAGUAUUCAUACCAAUCUGUAAAUGUAAAUGUGUAAUUGUAUCUUAUAAAUUUGUGACAGUUCUGAUGUGCCCGUCUGUUAACUAGACUGUCGCUACCGAAAUCACAGAGUAUCCAAUCUCGAUCAAUUCAUAUACCGUUUUCUUUUGUUUUCUGUUUUUGACAACUUAAAGCUAAUGUUGAUCUCGAAACAGAAUUAAAGAUGAUGUAGUUAUAAUAUAAUUUAUAACUUUUGUGCAAUCACGAACCGGAAAUCAUAUCCGACUGGUCGUCAAUAAUUUUUUGAUUAUUUCUCUUGUAUAAAUUCUGACUAAAUAUUAUCAAAAAUAUGUCUUAUCAAGAGUUUAGCGUAGAGUUCAUAGAGCCUGAAGAAUUUGAUGAUUUUUCUCGCACAGAUACUGAAGAUUCAGAUAGUGUAGAAAACAUGGAGGAUGAAGAAUUAGAUGUUGAUAUUGAUAAUGAUGGUUCUAGAAAUUCUAGUUCAGUUUCACAAGCUAUGUGGGAUAUCCUUGAUUCAUCAUCAAAUGGGUCUGAAGAACCUAAUCAAGCACACGUAGACUUAAUUGGACUUGGAAGAAGUCAAAGUAGAGUUUUACCUGAAAGUAAUUUACAAUCGAUGGAUCUUGACAUUUCCCAACAACCUUCAUGUUCUACAUCAGCUCAAAAUAUCAAAGAACCACAAACAAGUUCUACUUCUGCAAACACUAAUGAUUCUGAAAAUACAGAUGAAGCAUUUUCUUGUUCAAUAUGUUUAGAUGGACUUACUAGUUCUGGUGAUCAUAGACCUGCAUGUUUAAAAUGUGGUCAUAUUUUUGGAGAGCAAUGUAUAAUAAGAUGGAUUAAGACUGGAUGUAACAGUGAUGCAAGAAGGUGUCCAACGUGCAACACUAAAGCUAGUUUAAAAGAUAUUAGAAUUUUAUUUGCUAAAAAACUUGUAGCAGUUGACACUGCUUUGUUAACCGAUCUUCAAAAUAAACUGGAAAGAGAAGUAAAAAAAAAUAUAUCGUUAACAAAUGAAUCACAUGCCUUAAUUGAAAGAGCUGAAUGUUUAUCUAAUGAAAAUUUAAAGUUAAAAACUUUGUUAAGUGGGUGUAAUGUAUCACCAAAUGCUCCUACUACAAAACGAUCACUCAUGAAAAACAUAAGAUUAUGUAAAAAUUCUGAGUGUAGAGUUAUGACCUAUAACAAAAUGAAUAUGAUGUUGGUAGUGUCUCAAAAGGCUGAAACAUCAAUAUUCAAUAAUCAAAUAAUCAGAAAGAUGAAUGCAUCAUUAAUGAUGAAUGAAACAUUAAUUGCUCCACCCGAAGAAAAAAUUUAUGUACAUUCCAAACAAAUACGUGAUAUGUCGUUUCAUCCAAUUGAACAUCAUGUAUUAGUCUCUGUUGGUUUAGAUAAAAAUGUCAAUCUAUUAGAUAUGACGUCCAAUGCAGUGAUUUCUGAUAUUGAAUUGGAUGAACCUUUGUGGUCAUGUUGUUGGGCUGGUGACAAUUCAAAUGUUUUGGUAACAGGUGGUCAAACUGGUACCUUGUUCUACAUUGACAAAAGAGUUAUGAAGGUGUUUCACUCUGAGCAUAAACGAACUCCUGCUUGUGUUUCACUUGUUUCAAUUCCUCCAUCAAGUACACGAGUAUUUCCUAAAGGUGGUUUUUUGAGAACUCGAAUGGAUUUGCUGUCUAUGUUUGAAGCAUCAUGUGCCCCUAAUUUCUACCAAGAGACUGAAUUGCCAGUAAGAGGUGUGUGGAGUUGUGCUUCCUAUGAUACACGUUAUAACCAUAUACUUUUGUCAUCCAAACCUUGUGGUAACAACAAGGUAACCCGACAUAUUGUAUCAAAAUUAUCAUCCUUGAAUGAAGAUAGCCUUUCAUUACAGCCAGUGGUCACCUUUUAUGGUGGGGAUAAAGCUACACAACUAACUCGCUCAUGUUUUGUGCCAGCAAAAGAACCUUAUGAUGAAACUUUAGUAGCAUAUUUCGACGAAAAAUCAAACUGUAUACAAUUAUGCAGUUUGAACUCUAACUCUUCUGUUCACAAAUUUAGCGUUCAAGAACCAAUUUUAGAUUUAUGCUAUUUAGAUGGAUUGGUCAUGAAUAGAAGACGGGUAAUAGCUGCUUUGUCAGCUAAAUCCAUUAGUAUAUAUUGUGUGUGAAAAACAGUGGUAUAAUUGUUUAUGUCUCAUUUGUGUAUAUUCUUUGAUUUUAUUUUAUUUAUGAAAAAAGUUGUCGUGGCUUUUGUUUAUAACAGUUAAAAUAUUAUACUAUUUCUCAAUACUCUUUCCAAUGUUUUGAAUCUAUUACCUAUUUUUAAUUGGAAUUAAACAA